GUCUGGGUUUGUUGCUCAGGAAGAGGUGGGAGUGCGCACAGAGUGCGCCUUGUUUGGAGUCGUAUUACGCGCAGGCAUGGAGACCAGCGCCGGGGAGGGACUUUUUUUUUUUUUUUAACUUGUAGCAAAGGAAUAACCGUUUCACUCAGUCGUCUCCUCCUCUCUGUCUCUGCUUCGGGAUCUUUACUGGACAGCGCAGAUUUACCAUUUAGUGUAGUUGUUUCACCGUUUCUUUCCAUCAUGUUGGGCAGGGGCAAGUCACCGGCCGCCAGUCCCAGAGAACAGAAGAGGAACGCGGCCGCGAAGACGCAGGAUCCCAUCAAGAAGCUCGGGUUGCAAGAUAACGAGGAUGUACGUGUGAUGAUGCAGGGAUGCAGCAUGGUGAAAGUGCGCUCUCCGAGGUGGCAGAAGAGCCGGAGCCUGAGGCUCCUGGAGGAUGGAGUCACUGUGUGGUGUGAGUCCACAAAGAGCUCCCGCAAGGCCAAAGCCCAGCAGACAUUUGCGGUUACAGAGGUGGAGUGUGUGCGUGAAGGCUGCCAGUCUGAGGCGUUGAAGCGGCUGUCUGGUUCGAUGCCGGAGAACCAGUGCUUCACAGUUAUUUUCAAAGGUGCGAGGAAGAGCCUGGACUUGAUGUGCCCCUGUGAAGAAGAAGCUCAGCGCUGGGUGCGAGGAUUGCGCAUGUUACAGGAGCGCGUGGCCAGCAUGAGUCAGAAGGAAAAAUUAGACCAUUGGAUCCAGAGCUACCUGAGACGGGCUGAUCAGAACCAAGAUGGCAAGAUGUGCUACGAUGAGGUCAAACGGCUGCUACAGAUGAUCAACAUUGACCUCAGUGAGCAAUAUGCCCACUCUUUAUUCAAGAGGUGUGACCGAUCGGGUGAUGGCCGCCUGGAUCAUACAGAGAUCGAGGAGUUUUGCAGGGAGUUGCUGCGACGGCCGGAGCUGGAUUCUGUGUUUAGACACUAUUCAAGUAAUGGUUAUGUACUGUCUACCGCUGAGCUCCGUGAUUUCCUGGGAGACCAGGCAGAGGACGCCUCAUUGCUUCAUGCUCAAAGCCUCAUACUCACUUAUGAGCUCAACGACUGGGCCCAGAAGAACCAGUUCAUGACCCAGAAUGGCUUCACUAUGUACAUGCUGUCACGAGAGAACGAUGUUUUUAACCCUGACCAUGCCAGAAUCUACCAAGACAUGAGACGCCCUUUGGCCCAUUACUUCAUCUCGUCUUCACACAACACUUACCUAACCAAGGACCAAGUCACCAGCACCAGCAGCACUGAGCCAUACAUCAGGGCCCUGAAUCAGGGCUGUCGCUGUGUGGAGCUCGAUUGCUGGGACGGUGAUAAAGGCGAGCCGGUCAUAUACCAUGGGCACACUCUCACCUCCAAAGUUCCCUUCAAGGAGGUCAUUGAAACCAUUUCCCAGUACGCCUUCAAGGCAUCCCCGUACCCUCUAAUUCUGUCCUUGGAGAAUCACUGCUCUGUGGAGCAGCAGGCUGUCAUGGCCAAACACCUCUGUACCCUCCUGGGCAAGAAGCUGCUCACAAAGUACCUCAGUGAUCAACCACUGAAGGAUCUGCCUUCACCUGAGGAGCUGAAGGGGUAUAUUUUGGUAAAGGGGAAGAAGCAGACUCCUUAUCUCUGCCAGAUGGGAAAGACCAACAGCUACGGCAGCUUCUCUUCAAGCUCAGAAGAAGAAUUUGCCACAUCCAAAAAGGACCCCGGAAAGGUCUGUUCUAAACUGAGCCCCAAGCUGUCGGAGCUGGUCGUGUACUGCAAGAGCGUUCCCUUCUGUGGGUUUGAAAAUAUGUCUGACAAACCGCCACAUGAAAUGUGCUCCUUCUCCGAAAGUGAUGCCCUCAGGCUCAUCAAGGACACAGGAAAGCUUUUUGUAAGACACAACAGCAGGCACCUGAGCCGGAUCUACCCCUCGGGCCAGCGCCUCCAAUCAUCCAACUAUGAUCCGCAGGACAUGUGGAAUGGUGGCUGCCAGAUGGUGGCUCUGAACUUCCAAACACCUGGGGAGCAGAUGGAUCUGAACCAGGGUCGCUUUCUGCCCAAUGGCCGCUGUGGCUACGUACUCAAACCCAGUUUCCUUUGCAGCCCUGCUUCCAGUUUUAAUCCAGAGAAUACCGGCGGAGGUCCCGGUCACAUCCCAACCCAGCUGACGAUACGAAUUAUAUCUGCACAGCAGCUUCCAAAAAUCAACACAGACAAGGCAAGCUCCAUCGUGGACCCUCAAGUUUGGGUGGAAAUCCACGGUGUGGCCAUUGAUAAUACAAGAGACAAAACCCACCGAAUUGACAACAAUGGAUUUAAUCCGCGCUGGGACUGCACGCUGACCUUCCAGCUGCAGGUGCCUGAAUUGGCCCUCGUGCGCUUUGUGGUGGAGGACCAUGACCACACAGCCAAAAACGACUUUGUGGGACAGUUCACCUUACCGUUCACCAGCCUGCGCACAGGCUAUCGACACGUUCACCUGCUGAAGGCCGACGGUUCCAGCCUCUCCCCUGCAACACUCUUUAUCCAGGUGAAAGUGGCUCGUAAAGGCGUUCACAUCAAAAGUGUGUCAGAACGUAUUGCAGCAGCCAAAGCGAAGGCGUGACUUGCAUCUGAGCCCAACAGAGAAUGCAUGGUUUUACAAAGGAGCUCUGAUUGCUGCUGCCAGCAAGUCUCCCGGAUCAGUAUUCAAGUGGUUCCAGUUUUAUUGGAGCCACUUUCGAGCGCAGGAAGAGAAAUGGUACUUAUCGGAGAUGUAGGAGCACGUGCAGCUCUUAGCAAAUGAAUUGCUUGUUUUGGGCGAGAUGAUGAAGCCGUCCUCCACCGUGGAGGAAUUAUGUCUUAUUAGCUGUGAUUGCUCUGCAAACGGGGCAGUUCAGUUUAACUGUUGAGGUCUGUGAAAAAUACUGACAUUAGACUGUCUACAAAAUAGGUUUUAAACAUUUCUAACACUGAUCCUACGUCGGGGUUAUCCCGCGUCUUUUGGACAGAGAAUGAAGAUUGUGGCGUUUGACUCUUUUGUAUUUUUGAUCUGUAAGUGUUUAAUACUUUUAUACUUCAGUGUUUGGUUUUAACUUGUAGUACGGCGAUUUAACCAGCAUUUAAACAAAUAUGCAUAUUAUUAUUGUUGCAUAUUUGUAUAAUUCUGCGCUAUCUGUGCUGUGAUACAGCUGGAAUUAGUGCCACAAGUUGUGAUAUACAUGAUGGUCUAAAGAAAAACCCCAGUUCGGGUCAGGUCUAGUUGCAUAGGGUGUUCCAUAGGGUGGCAUGUUGCAAGACGAUAUGGAGCCAAUUCACAACCACCCAGACUGGUCAGCCAUCCAUCCUGAUUCCCAAAAGCAGCCAGAUGAUAUUCCACUGGCCAUAUCCAGUC